CUCCUCGUAUCAUAAUUCAACGGCGUUGUGUUCUAUUUCCUGGAAUGUUUGAUUUCAAAGGGUUAAACCAUGCAACAGAGCACCCUGAUACCGAGAUUUUAUCAGUCAUAUCCACGUGCUGAGUACACAUAAAUAACGUGUUUGUGCUCAGCUUCUAUAGAACUUGAAUAUGGCAUUUUGGGUGGCCCUGUUACCUCGUUGGUCGGUGUUUCUUCUCAUGCUUCUUUUCUUUUGUAGCACAGGAGCAAAGGUUGUCACCAUUGAUGUGCGUGCAGCCAAGGAUCUUAUCCAGACUGGUUCCAUUUAUCUUGAUGUUAGGACGGUGGAAGAGUUCUCGAAAGGUUAUGUAGAUGCAGUUAAUAUCGUUAACAUUCCAUACAUGUUGAAUACACCCAAGGGCAAGGUAAUGAAUCCAGAUUUUGUGAAAGAGGUUUCCUUGGCUUGUAACAAAGAAGAUCAUAUCAUUGUGGGUUGUCAAAUUGGGGGGAGAUCUUUCUAUGCAACUGCUGCUCUUCUGUCAGAUGGUUUUAAGAAUGUGAAGGACAUGGGAGGAGGUUAUAAGGAAUGGGUUAUAAACAAGUUCCCAGUGAAGAUACCAGCAGCCAAAGAGGAGUUAUAAUAUGAAAAAAUUGGAGCUUAAUUCUUUCUUGUAAAUGUACAACUUCUUAAAUUUCGUUAGUCUUUUUGUUGUGUGCAUACAAAGAUGGACUCAUGAUCUGAUGAUUAUCUUGGUAUUUGAAUUGAAGAAAACUAAAUUGGUUUCA